GAUAAGCUACGGUCUCACCUCGAGUUCGGCUGAUGUACGUUGAUAAAAACAUUACCAACGCUACUUGUAGAUAAGAUUAAAAUCCAACCAUGCCUAGCCCUAUUCCGCCAGUCCACCGUCAGUCAAGUGCCACGAACGAAACGGUGAAACCUGUUACGCAUUCGGGGACGAGAGCGUCCAUUCAAUACCGGUGAAAACGAACUAGCCACAGUUCGAUCUGUUCGCUGCAAGAAGCAACUUAUUGUACGUACGAUGAGUGAAGAAACUGCAGCACCAACCAGCACGCCGGAGGCCGUUUGCGAAGCGAAAAUUCUAUUUCGCCAACUAAAACCAUUCCCCGUGAUCGACGAGAAUAACAAUUUUAAAAUUGAAACCGAACACUUUAUAGAAUCGUCCAAUCAAAUCAUCGCUGCGAUCGCAUGUUUCGGAAAGUUGUUCUCUCCCAUCGUUAGAGAUAUGCGCCAAAAUGUGCAGAAAAUAACGGAUAAAUACAAACAGAACGAAACGUUGUUCAAGUACUUGGAGGAUUUGAUUCUAAAGGACAAGGAUGGCAACGAUGUUCCGUUUGACACUGUGACGGAUGGUUUGCUGUGGCUGAAAAGAGCGUUCGAAAUGAUAGAACAAUUCUUUCACAAUCUGCUCCAAGACGAGACAUGCAGCGAACAGGUGAAACCACACCUUAAAAAGGCGUACGACCAAUGUUUGCUGCCGUUUCAUGGAUUUGUGGCACAGAAAGCGUAUCAGCUGCUGCAAUUAUAUUUACCAACGCGAUCAUCGCUUCUCGGGACGGCGGAAUCCAAUGCGGAUAAUUUGAAGGCACUCGGAGAAUUUUUAGUGCUGUUUCGUGCCAAUUUGGAUCAUCUUAAUGAAUUCUACACCAAGCAUGAGUUACAUAGAACUUACAAAGCGUAA